GUCUAGCGGUUUAUUGGAUCUGUUAACGCGAUGUCGAUCUAUGAUUGAUCUAUUAAUUCACGCCAGAAGCCGGCACAUAAAUAACGCCAAACAGUAGUUACUAUGGAUAUUACAAACGUAUUUCGUAUGGUUUUGACAGAGCGCAAGUAAAACUUCUGUAAACUUUAACUUCAAAAUGAUCCUUGAACCCGACGAACCCGAGGAACCGACCUGUCAGUACUGUUCGUCCAAAAACUCACAAAUAGCCUGUCAUCCAACUUCGCCCUUCAAAGUCACCUUCACCAUAGAUCCAUCAAAAAUUUACAAAAGUUGUCGAUCUUCGACGUCAUGCAAACUUCGCAACGAAGAUCGUGGUUUAUCGCCAAGAGAUCGUCCGUCUUACAAACAAAUACUGUGUCCACCCUUCGAUCAGUUGAAGCCGCCAAAACUUGAAACCUUGUACGGAAAGUGUCAGGAAAAGACGUGUUCGAAUGCUCGUUCCAGUUCUUCGGAACCCCUGUUACCGUGUACCAAAGACCUAAUAUGUGGCCUGUGCAAUAAACACACUUGUCCACACCGGCGCUACGAGGAGGAGAACGAAUGGGGCUGCGGCAACUGGUGCGAGUACACGCUGGUGGUGGUGCUCGCCUGUCUCAUGUUGCUCGGCUCCCUCGGACUCACCAUCUUCUGGGUGGUCAAAUUCCACGGCGGGUUCGCGUGGAGGGACGAUCCGAAGAAGCAGUUCAACCUUCAUCCCGUUCUGAUGGUGGCCGGAUUCAUUACCUUCAGCGGAUUCUCUGUGCUUCUGUACAGGAUAUGCAGGUGCUGUCGGAGGAUCUACGUCAAGUUGUUGCACACCGUCUUCCACUCCCUGGCGAUUCCGUGCGUUGCCGUUGGAUUCCUGGCGGUCCUGGACAGCCACAACUUGGCCCAACCCACCCCAAUUCCCAACUUCUACUCCCUGCACAGCUGGAUCGGUCUGGUCACCAUGGGAUUGUUCGCUAUACAGUACAUCGUGGGAUUCUUCAGCUUCCUGAUCUUGCUGUGCUGUGAGGGUGCCACGGCUGGUUUCAGAGCGUCGCUGGUUCCGAUUCACGCGUCCUUCGGUCUGACCACGUUCAUGCUGGCCAUCGCCGCUUGCGUAACGGGAAUCACGGAAAAAGUCAUCUUCUCCCUCGGGUCUGAUUAUGCGUCCUGGAUAGAGCAGCGUGAUUUACAGGCAACUAUUGUGAACGCCCUUGGUAUAACGUUGAUCGCUUUGGGCAUUGUGGUGUCCUACGGGGUCCGUUGCCCGAGACCCGGAGACAAGUUGACGUGUCUGCGCACGGAGAGCGGGGAAUCAUAGGAAAACGCGCUUUCAAGCGCCAAAGUCUCGGAUAUAAAUGCACAACAGGAGCCAGAAAGAUUUUAGGAGUCGAAAAGCGGAAAUUUUUUGAUGUACAAAAUCCAUCUCACUACAUCAGUACUGUACAUACGCGGAAGUAAAGCAUCACAUAUGACAGCAUCGUGUAAAUUAUUUCAUAAGCACCCAAAAUCUUCGCACCGUAGAUCAGUCACUCACCGACCACAUUUUUCAGUGCCAAUCUGCAAUGUAGUACAAAGGAAUCUUGUCUUUUUGCUAACGUUUUCAAUAUACAGACAACUUAUCGGGGAACACUUUUUAUAAAUUUUUUAUCUAUUCUAUGAUGGUCGGAAGAGAAGUAUUUUGGGUGGAUAAUUCAAUCUUUUCUGUGGGUUAGUUCUACUGCUACACUGUAAUUGAAUUUCGAUUAGGUUAUCAACCCAUGGAUAAGGCAUCGACUGCUGCCCAAGACGUAAAAUAACUAUGCCAAAAUUAUUGUAAUUGUAGUAAUAAUCAUGUUUCAGUAGUGGUCAUUGAACUAAUGGAAUAAUCAGUAGAAUUUUUGUGCAUAAUAACUACUAAAGUACUAACAAAUUUACUGUACAGAUUGGUGUAAGACUCUAAUUUAACAAAGCUCAAAAACUCUUAGAUAUUAAAUUAACGAUAAUCAAAUACUCUUAAUUCUGUGUGCUAACAAUUUUUUGAGAUUUAUUUGAGACUAUAACUAUUAGAUGGUAAAUAAUAUACGUAUUUGUUAAAUAUUUAUACUCAUAUUUUGUUAUUAGGAUAUUUAUAUCGAAAUUAAGUCGAGGAAGCUUUAAUUGUUUUAAAAUUGAGCAAUAUAUUCAGAAUUGAAAACAUUUAAUGUUGUUUAGGAAAUGUUGAUUAAGUAAGUGUUUAGGACGUCGUUUAUAGACAUAAAAUUUAUCUUCCAUCUGUAUUUUUAUAAAUGGACAUUCAUUUAAAGGACCAAAUCUACUAAAUGCAAUUUUUUCCAAGGAAUCAGUUUUGAAAACAUUUGUUCUAUUUAUUUUUAUUCCAAUAUUUUUUAAAUUUAAUUAGUUUAUGCAAUAUCUUAUAGAUUAAGGACAUGUGUACAACUAUUUGUAAGUUUUAAUAAAUGUAUUCGAAACGUUAAAAA